CUGCUCUUCAGGCCUCUGAAAUGACUUCACGCAGAGUGAUUUGCAGAUGAUGAUGUGAGCCAGAAGAACACUCUCUUCAGGAGAAGCUCUCCCAUUUCAAAGCCAGAGAAACAUCUUGUUCAUGUAGAAACCAGACUUUUCCCACCGGUCUGCAAUGCUGUGGCUGUGGAUUUCUCUGGUGUGGGUUGGAAGCUGCGCUUCUCACAGCCUGUUCACCUGUGAGCCCAUCAAAGUGCCAAGGUGCCUUGGGUUGAAAUACAACAUGACUUUCUUUCCUAACAUGAUGGAUCACUACGAUCAGGAUAUCGCUGCAAAAAAAAUGGAGCCAUUUAUGCCCCUGAUAAAUCUCCGGUGCUCACUGGACGUCCAUGACUUCCUGUGCCGCGCCUUCUUCCCGAUCUGCAGUAAGGAUAACAUGGUGAUCCAGCCAUGCAGGGAAACGUGUGAGAAAGUUCUGUCCGACUGUGAGGAAAAUAUUCGCAUGUUUGACAUCACCUGGCCUCCUGAACUGCAGUGCAACAAAUUGGACCUGUGUUCGUUAGUCGGCUUUGACCUUCCCUCAACCACUCCUGAGACCUUCUCCUCUCCAAGGAGAGACCUGGGCUUCUGGUGCCCUCUGCAGCUGAAGACCAAGCCAGGCCAUGGCUCCUCUUUUCUCGGUGCCCAGGACUGCGCCCCCCCUUGCUCCAACAUGUACUUCAAACCCCACGAUGUCGACUUCGCCAAAAGCUUCAUCGGCGUGUGCUCCAUCAUCUGCCUCGGCGCCACUCUCUUCACUUUCCUCACGUUCCUCAUCGACGUCAAACGUUUUCGAUACCCGGAGCGCCCUAUAAUCUUCUACGCCGUCUGCUACAGCUUCGUCUCGCUCAUAUAUUUCAUCGGCUUCCUGCUCGGAAACGGCGCCGCCUGCACCAAAGCGAGCCACCCAGCCGGCGUGGAUACCGUGGUGAUGGGCUCGCACAGUAAAGGCUGCACUCUGUUGUUUAUGCUCCUUUAUUUCUUCACUAUGGCGGGUAUGGUCUGGUGGGUCAUACUCACCAUCACCUGGUUCCUUGCAGCUGGACCCAAAUGGAGCUGUGAAGCUAUAGAAAAGAAAGCGGUGUGGUUCCACACGGCCGCCUGGGGACUCCCCGGGGCUUUGACCGUCAUGCUGCUGGCGCUGAACAAGGUCGAAGGCGACAACAUCAGCGGGGUUUGCUUCGUGGGGCUCUACGACCUGGACGCACUGCGGUACUUCGUCUUGGCUCCGCUCUGCGUGGGCGUCAUAGUGGGCCUCUUCCUCAUCCUGGCGGGCAUCGUCUCCCUCAACCACGUCAGACAGGUGAUCCAGCACGACGAGCGCAACCAAGAGAAGCUCAAGAAGUUCAUGAUCCGGAUCGGCGUGUUCAGCUGCCUCUACCUGGUUCCGCUGGUCACCCUGCUGGCGUGCUACACCUACGAGCAGAGUCACCGCAGCUCCUGGGAGAACACCUGGAUCAACGACAGGUGUCAGGACUACAGCAUCCCCUGCUCCCAUAAGCCUACAGAGCACCACCGCCCUGACCUCUCUUUGUUUCUGGUCAAAUACUUGAUGACGCUGGUGGUUGGGAUAUCCGCUGUAUUCUGGGUCAGCAGCAAAAAGACCUGUUCAGAGUGGGCCUACUUCUUCAAAAGAACCCGGAAAACAGACCCGAUCAGCGAGAGCCGCCGGGUACUUCAGGAGUCCUGCGAGUUCUUCCUUAAACACAACAGCCGAGUCCAGCACAACAAGAAGCACUACAAGCACGCCUCCCACAAGCUCAAAGUCAUCUCCAAAUCCAUGGGCACCAGUACCGCCGUCUCCCCAGCCAAUCAAAGCUCCUCCUUUAGCAACCAGGAGGCACACAUGAGGAGCUCGGUGUCCGAUACUUCCGUCAGAGAGCAGCUGGAUCGAGGCGCUUCCAGCCGAAGCUCCAGGAGGGCGGAGAGGGAACGAGAGGGGGGAGAGAGGCGCAGCAGAGGUGGCAGCUCCAGUAAGAUCAGCAGCCGCUCGGAGAGCAUGAACAGAGUUAUGGACGGCAGAAUGACUCCAUGGAGCGAGCUGUCAGACACUAGACAAGCUACGAGUGGACAGCAACAGCAGCAGCGUCCAGGUGUAAACCCAUCACACAGCAGCAGCAGCAUCCUGGACCCCGCACUCCAGACAGCAGACACGGUGCUCGAGGAGAGCAAGGACCCAAAGGAAAUGUAAAAAUCCCAAAUGAUCCUGUCCAGGCUAAUAUCCAGAAACAGUUGACGAUGUGUCAAACACCUCUGUAGGCAGUGAAAGUCCUAAAAACCCAUCAGGUGUUUCAUAUAUGGGUUGUUUGCCCAGAAUCUGUAGGAUUUAGACUGCAGCUGCUGAAGUUUCCUGCCGUUUUGUGUGUUUGGGUUUUCCAGCUUUACUGAUGGGUUAGUCUGAAUGUUAAAGAACCCACCAUGCUACUACCAAUGGUCAAUUAAGAAUACUACUUCCAUUAUGAGUACCUUUUUAGAGUUUUUUGUGAAGUGGUAUUUAAAUCCUUCAAAAUAAAUUGCAGCAUGUGUUUAUAUUUGUAUUUUUUUCUACUGUAUAUUUUUCUACUGGUCAACACACUGGAUUUUAUAAAGCGUUUUUAUGACGUCACCAAACAUUCAACCCAAAAGGCGCCGUUGUGUCUUUAGAAGUCUUAUCACUGCUGUUUAGAUAUAAGGUUUGAUGCGAGACCAAGGUAUGCACCACUCUUUAAAGAUGUUGUUAAACUUGAAAUACUUAAAACAUGUAAAGUCAUUUUGAGAAGGCUCUAGUUUUUUAUUGUCUUCUCUGAACUUUUCGUCAUGUUUUUAUUUUCACUCUAUUUUUAAAGACAUAUUGAAAGAACUUGGUUAAAUUACUGUUGUGUAACAACUCAAACCUAAUCAAGCAGGUAUUUUGCACUUAAAGCACAAACCACUAAAUACUGAGUGAUAGAAAAAUACCAGCAAUGUUUCAUGGACACAAGUGUGUGCAGGCCUGGCCAAACGUUUGACGCCCUGAGCAAUGUUUUAUCUAGGAGUGCACUUCCUGCAUUUAUUACAGACUUUGGGAGCCUUUCAGAGGAUAAAAGAAGUUUGAUGUUUCGUUCACAAACAAUUUAGUAAAAAAAAGCUUUUAUUUGUUAACUUAAGAACAAACUAAGCAGAAGAAAUGAUCUUGAACCUAUGAAGGUUUUCUAUAGUCUGUAUACUACUGAUACAUUUUAAACAUGUCCUGUGUAAAUAAGCAUUCCCAGUGUCUGCUUGUAUCUUAGUGUUCAUGUUUAGGUGACACAUGAAUUAUCUCAACUUGUUUUUGCACAUGAAAAUGCUUAGAUGCUGCAUCUGUCUUUGAAUUUUUGUUGUUUUAUUCUUGGGGUUAAAAGAAAUUUCAAGAAUCACAACUUAAAAGGGAAACUGUGUCAUUAAGUGUUUUAUUUUAUAUUUUUGUCACUGGAUAAUAUGUGUGGAUUAUAAUGUGCCUUCUGUAGUCUCAGAUUCUCUAUUUUGUUUUCCACAGUCAGUUUUUGUAUCUUUCUCUUUGUAGUUUUUUAUUGUGAUAAUUUUUAUGAAGUUUUUAAUAAAAAAGUA